UCACAAAUCCCGCAGACGUUUGGAGCCACUUGGCGAGUGACGAUGCUCGUGUGGCUGACUGCUGCGGGCGGCCUGCUGCUGCUGUGCGGCCCCAUCCUCACCUGCGUCUGCCCCUACCUGCUGGAGGACUGCGUCUACAUGCUGCGCUGCCUCCGCCUGGCCGUCACGCUGCUCCGGUACAAGACGAGGAAACCUCUGCACAGCAUCGUGGACGGAUUCCUGGACGCCGUCCGUAAACACCCCGCCAAGACCUUCCUGCACUUCGAGGGCCACGCGUGGACGUACCGUGACGUGGAGCGGCGCAGCAACAAGGUGGCCCGCGCGCUGCAGGAGGCGGCGCGGCUGAAGGAAGGCCAAGCCGCCGCGCUCUUUCUGAACAACGAGCCUAACCUGGUGUGGACCUGGCUGGGACUCGCUAAACUGGGCUGUCCGGUUGCUCUGCUCAACUUUAACAUCCGAUCCAUGUCCCUGCUGCACUGCUUCUCCUGCUGCGGGGCCAAAGUGCUCAUCACCUCUGCAGAGCUCCAGGACGCGGUGGAGGAAAUCCUACCUGCACUGAGAGAGCAGGGGGUCAGCGUGUACUUCCUGUCGGAGACGCGACACAUCGACGGAGUCCAAGUUUUGACCGAUAAAAUCUCCAGGGCCUCAGACCAGCCUUUGUCCAAGGACCUGCGAGCCAACGUGAAGAUCAGGAGCACUGCUCUUUACAUCUACACGUCAGGAACCACAGGUUUGCCCAAAGCGGCGGUGGUCACCCAUGAGCGCAUGUGGGCGGCGUCCUUCAUCCAAGCGACGUGCGGCAUCACCAGCGAUGACGUCAUCUACAUCAACCUGCCUCUCUACCACAGCUCGGGCUUUCUCAUCGGACUAGCGGGCGCCAUUCAGAGAGGUAUAACGGUGGUUUUGAAGAGAAAGUUCUCUGCCUCUCAGUUCUGGGACGACUGCAGGGAGCACAACGUGACAGUGAUGCAGUACAUCGGAGAAACCAUGCGCUACCUCUGCAACUCGCCACAGAAGGACGACGACAGGGACCACAAAGUGAGGAUCGCCAUCGGCAACGGCGUCCGCAAAGACAUCUGGUCCGAGUUUCUGCGGCGCUUCGGCGACAUUAAAGUGAAGGAGCUGUAUGCUGCCACCGAGGGGAACAUCGGAUUCAUUAACUACACUUCCAAAGUCGGCGCUGUGGGGAGGAUGAAUUUUUUACACAGCCUCAUCUUCCCGUACACGUUGAUCAAGUUCGACAUCGAGAAGGAGGAGCCUGUCAGAAACUCACAGGGUCUUUGCAUCAAGGCGGCCAUAGGUGAGACGGGCCUCCUGACGGGAAAGGUCACGCAGAGGUCACCUUUCGUGGGCUACGCAGGCAACGAUCAGCAGACUGAGAAGAAGAGGCUCCGCAACGUGAUGAAAAAAGGCGACCUCUACUUCAACACGGGAGACCUGAUGCGCUUCGACAAGGACAACUUUGUCUAUUUCCAAGACCGAGUCGGCGACACGUUCAGAUGGAAGGGAGAGAACGUGGCCACUUCAGAAGUGGCAGACGUCCUCACCAUGGCUCCUUGCAUUCAAGAGGCAAACGUCUACGGCGUUAGAGUGGAAGGGAACGAGGGCCGGGUGGGCAUGGCCGCGGUCACUCUGAAAGAAGGCCGGGACUUUGACUGUGACGACGCCUACAAGGUGCUCCACACCUACCUGCCCAGUUACGCACGCCCACGCUUUAUCAGGAUCCAGCCAUGCUUGGAGAUAACGGGCACGUUCAAGAUGAAGAAAAGCAAGUUGGUGAACGACGGAUUCAACCCGGCCCUAAUCCGCGAGCCUUUGUACUACCUCGACGAGUCUAAACUGACCUUUGUUCCCAUGACAACGGAGAUUUACAGCACCAUAACCAGCGGCACAAUCAAACUCUAGCAUUUUGUUGUUCACAGACAUGUUCAGUUUGUGCCUUGACAACUAAUCUCAGGGAGGAAUGGACACCAUAUUUAUUUCAACCAAGCCCUGACAGUGUAGUACAGUACAAUACAACACUCUUCAUUCCACGCCAGAUAAUAAAAAACAAAUCAUGUAUAACAGGGGACAGGGGUUUUCGACAUUCUCCCAUUUAUAUAUAUUGUGUAAAAUUGUUUUUUAUACAAACCUGCGGCUUCUGAGGUAGAGGGCAGGUGUAUCUCUCUUCCGCCUGUGUUUUAAAGGCCUACUGAAAACCACUACUACCGACCACGCAGUCUGAUAGUAUAAGUAUAUGUAUAUAUAUAUAUAUAUAUAUAUAUGUAUAUGUAUAUGUAUGUAUAUAUAUAUAUGUAUAUAUGUAUAUGUAUAUAUAUAUGUAUAUAUAUAUAUAUACAUAUAUAUAUGUAUAUAUGUAUAUGUGAUGAAAUAUUAACAUUGCAACACAUGCCAAUACGGCCGGUUUAGUUUACUAAAUUGCAAUUUUAAAUUUCCCGCGGAGUUUCUUGUUGAAAACGUCACGGACUGUCAGGAAAUAUUAGCGCAGCACCAUUUGUUGCUAAAAGUCGUCUCUUUUCAUCGCGCAAUUAAACAGUAUUCUGGACAUCUGUGUUGCUGAAACUUUUGCAAUUUGUUCAAUUAAUAUUGGAGAAGUCAAAGUAGAAAGAUGGAGUUGGGAAGCUUUAGCCUUUAGCCACACAAACACACGGUGAUUCCGUGUUUAAAAUUCCCGGAGGUGAAGCUUUACUAUGGAUCACAGCGAACAUGGAUCCCGACCACUUGUCAACCGGCAGGUUUCGGUGAGAAAAUUGUGGUAAAAUGUCGCCUCUUACCGGAGAUCUGUGGAGUUUGCGCCGUCCUUGUAUCUGCCGUGACUUCCCUCAGACACUGGCCUCAAGACACCCGUGGACACACCCCUCCGACUAUCAGGUACUAUUUAAUCUCACUAAAACACUAGCAACACAAUAGAAAGAUAAAGGAUUUCCCAGAAUUAUCCUAGUAAAUGUGUCUAAAAACAUCUGAAUCCGUCCGAAUGCAUUUGCCUUUUUUUUAUUUUUAACUUUAUUUUUUUCUAGUCAUUCGCUAUCAAUAUCAUCCACGAAUCUUUCAUCCUCGCUCAAAUUAAUGGGGAAAUUGUCGUUUUCUCGGUCCGAAUAGCUCUUGCUGCUGGAGGCUCCCAUUAUAAACAAUGUGAGGACGUGGGGAGCCCUCACCCUUGUGACAUCAUCGUCUGGGACUUCCGGUAAAGGCAAGGCUUUUUUAUCAGCACCAAAAGUUGCAAACUUUAUCGUGGAUGUUCUCUACUAAAUCCUUUAAGCAAAAAUAUGGCAAUAUUGCGAAAUGAUCAAGUAUGACACAUAGAAUGGACCUGCUAUCCCCGUUUAAAUAAGAAAAUCGCAUUUCAGUAGGCCUUUAAUGGUGUGUUGUAAAUAAGUACAUUUAUAGGAUAAACAAACCAGGUGCUUGCUGACAAUGGGCCAAUCACAAGGAGCCUGACAGAGUUUGGGAUUGGCCCAGCAGCAAAGUUAAAUGUGUGCAUUGCUGACUGAAAGACAUAUUCUGCCUCCAUUUACCUGUGUUAGAUCAACGUUGACAAGUAUUUGAAUUUGAGCUCAAAUUAAGGGGGCAAAUUAUAAAAUAUUUUAAAAAGAUCUUAACCAAACAUGACCUCUUUUGACCCCUGUUGAAGACAUCCUUAAUAUUAGCAUUUCAAAAUAUGACUCUGAAAUAUUUUAUCCAAAGUUCUUUGUUUUUUUUAAAUGAAAUCGGAGUUGAUGUCAUUCAUGGUUGGAAAAUAAACGUUUUACCACA